AUGGCCAUGGGCCCCUACCAGGCGUGGACCCCGAACCUCCAGAUGUCUUCGAUGAGCGCCAUGGAGGCAGAGGCGGAGGUUCGUCGCCGUGCGAUGGAGAUUAUGAAGCUCCAAAGACAGGUGGAGCUUCUACAAGCAGAGUUGGCAACGCCGACUUCAAGCUUGGCACAGGCACAAAUCCUACUUGGUGCUUUCCCACCAGAAAUCCGUUUCAUGCAGGACGGAAUGCAACACGCAAUGUACGUGGGCAGAACGCUGGAUGAUUGGUUUACGGAGCACGUGGAGAAGCUGCUGAUCGACCCCACGGGCUUCAACCCCUCGCGGCGCAUGCGAAUCAGCCUGGAGUCGGCCCAUGAGAUGCUCAUUGGCUUCACCAACUCCCUGUCGAGAGUCGAAGGCUUGCUACAGGAAGCUUCGAAGGUGUCCCAGAUGCCAAAGGUGCCGGGACAGCAACCUGGGCCGACACCGGAAGGGGCCAGGCCGGGUGGUGCUGGAGUUCCGGGGCUCUGGGUGAGAGAUCCGGAUGUCUUCAGCCAAUGA